UCACACAUAACACAUGAGAGUCUUUCAUUUGAGUGGGACCCUGAAAGCAGUUGGAAAGACAGGAAAAAGACCUCUUCAUUAAGGAUUAAAAUGUAUAGGCCAGCACGGGGACCCUCCAGCUCAAGAAUUCUGAAUCCAUAUGUGGUGUGCUUCAUCGUUGUCGCGGGGGUGGCCAUCCUAGCAGUGACCACAGCCCUACUCGUUUACUUCUUAGCUUUCGAUGAAAAAUCUUACUUCUAUAGAAGCAGCUUUCAAAUCCUAAAUGUUGAAUAUAAUAACAAAUUAAAUUCACCAGCUACACAGGAAUACAGGACUUUGAGUGGAAGAAUUGAAGCUCUAAUUACUAAAACAUUUAAAGAAUCAAAUUUAAGAAAUCAAUUCAUCAGAGCUCAUGUCGUCAAACUGAGACAAAGCGAUGGUGGUGUGAUGGCAGAUAUUGUCAUGAAAUUUCGAUUCACUAGAAAUAAUUAUGGAGCAACAAUGAAAAACAGAAUUGGAUCUAUUUUACGCCAAAUGUUGAAUAACUCUGGAAACUUGGAAAUAAACCUUCCAACUGAAGUAACAUCAAUUUCUGGCCAGGAUACAGAAAAUAUUGUAUCCACUACAGAAUGUGGGGCUCGUCCAGACUUACUAACUCUGUCUGAGGAGAGGGUCACUGGAAGCUCUCGGGCACAGGAGGGCGACUGGCCAUGGCAGGUCAGCCUGCAGGUGCACGGUGCCCACCACUGCGGAGGUGUCCUCAUCAGUAAGGCCUGGGUGCUGACGGCAGCACACUGCUUCAAAAGCAACUCUAAUCCUCAGGAAUGGGCAGCCACCUUUGGUAUUUACACCGUAUCUCCUCUGCUGAGAAUAGGAGUCAGAAGCAUUAUAAUCCACGACAGUUAUAAACCUGCAACGCAUGAGAAUGACAUUGCAGUCGUGCAACUUGAAAACAGUGUCACUUUUGACAAAAACAUCCACAGGGUGUGUCUCCCGGAGGCUGCCCAGAACAUCCUGCCAGGCUCUCCAGCCUUCGUGACAGGAUGGGGCGCGCUGGAGUAUGGCGGCAACACAGUUAUGGAUCUAAGGCAAGGACAGGUCAGAAUAAUAAGUAAUAACAUGUGCAAUGCACCAUCUGGCUAUGAUGGAACCAUCCUGUCUGGAAUGCUGUGUGCUGGGACACCGCAAGGCGGAGUGGACGCAUGCCAGGGUGACUCUGGUGGCCCACUGGUCCAAGAAGACUCACGGAGGCUUUGGUUCCUGGUGGGGAUAGUGAGCUGGGGAGACAGGUGUGCCCUGCCAGAUAAGCCCGGAGUGUACACCCGAGUGACAGCCUACCGCGACUGGAUCGCCCAGCAAACCGGAGUCUAGUGCAAAGAGUCAUCUCUGUUGCCAUGUGUAUAGAGUGUCCCUGUUUAAACUUCAAAACUAUUUUUCAGCUGAAAAAGAAACUACAAGUACCUUAUUUAAACAUCAUAUUAUAUAAAUAUGGUUUAAUAAGUGCUAAUCUUUCUUUAUUACUAUAGGUUUUUGUUUUCUCAAGUAAACUAUAUGAAUAUUGCAUAUUAUUGUGACCAUGUAACAGAAGAAACAUAUUAAACAAAUCACAAAAUUAACAAUUUCAUUACAAUCGUGGUAAGUGCUGGUAGGAAGGAAAACAAGCACAAUAAGAGUGUGUAACAGAGGAGCCUGGACAAGUCUGAAGGUCAAAGGGACCUUUUCUCAGGGAGCUGACAAGUGAGCAAAGUGCAGGAACUUGGGAAGAAAGAAAUGCUGCAACAACAUUCAAGUCAGAAAGAAUAGUGUGAGGCAAGGAAAACACGAUUAAUUUAAAAUUUCUGUUUACUCAAUAUUUUAUAGGUAGUGAGUCCUAAAAUUAAAAGUGUGAAACCAUUGCAUAGUCUGUAUCAACCUUAAUUAUGCUGUAAGAAUAUGCUUCCACAGAAACUAACUAUGAAUUUCAGGUACCUAAAAUGAGAGCUUAAAUAGUUCACUCUUCAACUGAGACCAAGAGAAUUAUAAAUAUUUUUUUAACUUUUAUUAAAAACACCCUUUAUCUACAUAAAGGAGAGACUACAUCUAGUCCAUACAGAAGCCACACAACCUACUUAGGUAUUUUACGACAAAUAAUAUUAAUUUUAACAACUAAAGAUUAGGUAAGAAUUCCCCACCAUGGACUUCCCACCACUGCCAGUUAUUUUUGAGAGUGAAAGGAUCCUCAGCUGCUAAAUCCAAGUAAUGAAUGAAAGAGGAAAAAAAGAAAGAUGUAAUUUGACAGAGAAAAGUUAAAUGGGUUAAUACCAAUAAAACUAUCUUGAAAAAAGAAGGAACUUUCUCUCUCUUUCACACACACACCACCAAAUAAUAUAAAUAAAAUCCAUAAAGCUAUUCAGGCACAGUGCUCCGCGCAGUGAGCUCCCACAUGCUCUCAGGGCCCCUAACAGCUGGCUGCACCCACCUGCACCUCCGCCUAAACUCUGCAACUGGGGCUGGCACAGCUUCGUGCACCAUGCGGGAAAUUUCUUGUACUUCCUAAUGUAAAAUUAUGAAAAGGCCUACAUUAAAGCUGUUUCUUUCACUGGAAAAACAAGUUGAAAAUGUAACCAACUCUUGGUGAAAUAUACAAAUAAACGUUUGCUACACUUUAUGUCAAAUAAACUUUUAAAAUUGUU